AAGACAAAGACAGAUUGCUUAAAAGCCCAAUUAGUGCACGCGCUACAAAAAGUGAAAAGGCUCGGGGUAAACAAUUUCUUCAUCUAAUAUUUGCUUAAAAAAAACUUACUGCAUAAUUGCAUACAAGCACAUAAUAAAAUAAAAACUAGGACAACAAACAAACAAACUUCAUAUUGACAUAAACAUCUCGCGUCAGCUGCCUCUGGAAGUAUUAAACACUGUUUCAAUCAGCUUCAAUACGUUCAAAAUUUUGCCGAAUUUUCACAAAAAUGGCUGGACCCAAUGAAAGGAAGUUCUUAUAUUUGAAAGAUAUACCAAACCUCUGUCAAAAUCAUUGCAAAAUGAAGGAUCCUCUUCGUGUUGAGAAAAUCAUCAAUGAAUUUAUAGUUGGAGGUGUGAAUCGCUUGCAAGUUGUCUCAGACUUCGAUUAUACAAUUACAAAACAAAGAACGGAAGAUGGAUCGCAAGUGUUGAGUAGCUUUGGCAUUUUAAAUGCAUGUAAAUCUCUUCCAACAUCUUUUGUAGAGGAAUCUGGUAAAUUGUAUCACAAAUAUCGUCCCAUUGAAAUUGAUCCCCACAUACCAGUUGAAGAAAAAGUUAAAUAUAUGGUAGAAUGGUGGAGGAAAACUGGAGAUCUAUUAGUAGGGUUUCCACUUUCUCAGGACGAGAUUGAUACUAUAGCCUACGAUUGCAAGGACAAAUUACGAGAUCAUACUCAUGAAUUAUUCUAUUCACUAAACCGAUUGAACGUUCCUGUAUUAGUUUUCUCUGCUGGCCUAGGCAAUUCAGUCGUUUCUGUUUUGAAACAUUCAAAAGUAAUGUAUCCCAAUGUAAAGGUAAUAUCUAAUUUCCUUCAAUACAAAGGCGAUAUGGUAAAUGGCUUCCAAGAGCCUAUGAUUCAUACAUACAAUAAAAAUGAAACAGCUCUCGAAGGAACUGAAUAUUAUGAUCUUGUACAUUCAAGAGAUCAUAUUAUUGUCAUGGGUGAUUCAAUUGGUGAUGCCGGAAUGGCAAAUGGAGUUCCCAGUUCCUCGCAAAUAAUAAAAAUAGGCUUUCUUUUCGAUCACGUUGAGGAGAAUCUAAACAAAUAUAUGGAUGCUUUUGAUAUAGUGCUAAUCGAUGAUCAAACUAUGGAUGUUCCAAGAGCUAUCUUAGAAAUUAUUGAAAAAAAAACCAUUAAAUACAUAGUGUAAUUAUUAUAUCUUAAAGCUCUAUCAUUUUGUAAUUUUACUUCUGUGCUUGUUUUUUUAAUUAAAAGAGAACUACAUAAAUAUU